AAAUAGUUUAUUACAUAGAUAUAUAAAUGAUGUAUGUUGUUGUAUUUACAGUUAAUUAACUCAGCAGAUAUAGACUUGAAGAAAUAUGAGAUGGAUAAACGUUCCCCUGAUACUGUCAACUUUUACUUCAAUGAGCUGUACACAAGUAUGAGGGUGUGUUUUGAGUUUGGUAUAGUUCUGGAAGUAGAUGUAGUGGAACAUAAACCAUCAGCAGUUAAAGUGUUUGACUAUUAUGAAACUGAAUUAGAGACUACAAUAUUUUAUGAUAUGACCAAAUGUUCUGAAGCAAAUAUAGAGUAUGUAGAUGUCAGUAUAAACGGAGAUACUGAUUUAUACCUGGAAGGUGACAGUAAACUGAAUAUAGAAGAUGAUAGUAAACUAAAUAUUGAUGCUGACAGUCAUUUACCAACAGAUACUCUAUCACAUCCAGGAGGUAAUGAGCAAGGAAACGCUGCUGCUCCAUCGUCAGAGACGACAGACAUAGAGGAUGGUGUUGCAGCCCCUCCCACAGGGCCUCAAUGUCCAAAAUGUGUAACCACAGGGGUUGUCAAUAUUCUCCAAGAUAUCUGCAAGAAACAGGUGUGGUUGUUAGAGAGAAAAGAACAAAUGUCUCUCAGGGUGAUGACAGCUGAUGGGGUCAGUCCGGACAUAACAAUAGAUAUUCCAGAGUCAUUGGAGAACUGUGGACAAUGUAGUAACUUAUUUGAAAAGGGAGACAAAAGUUUGAUAUUCCUGGAGCCAUAUGAUUGGUCGAACCUUGGAGCAAAUAUUGCCCAGAAAUCAACAAUGAUUAUACCUUGGUCAGCUUCUCUCAAUGAAUCCAUACUACAAGUGUUGGCAUCUUGUUCCUAUCUCUAAAACACAAGUUAUUAUAUAACAUGUAAUAUUAUGUACAGAGUGACAAUUACAUUAUUAUAAGUCAGCUUCCUAAGUCUUGGAGAUUGAGAUUAGUGCUCAUUCAUAAGAAUUAUUCUAUGAACAAGGUGCAUACAAUGAACAACAUAAAAUAAUACUGCAUAUGUAGGCAUACUAUAUACAAAUGUAACUAAAAACAAUGGAAACAAGACAUACUUUUAGUACUGAUUUUAGUCAUUUAUAUACAAAUGUAUGUGUAAGUGCCAUUAAAUCAUUCUACCAGCAUGUUUCCUUUGCAUGUUUUUCAUUCAAUUUAUACAUAAUAGGUAAAUUUUAUUGAUGACCUAGUUAAAAGUUUAAUGUACCCUUCAAAUCGAAUACUAAUGUAAAGUUUUGUCACUAAUUGAUAAAUGAUUCCUUAAUGGGUAAAAAUCAGCUGCACAAGUUCUGAGAAUUAAAUGUGUAAAUAAGACUGUUUAUUUCAUAUGUACAUGGAACCAUGGACACUAGUAAAGUUCAAUUCAUGUUGAAACUGAAUCUAUAUCUACAUGUAUAUACAAUGUAUGAGGAAUUGUGUUUCUAUGUCUUUAUACAUAAAAUUUAAAAAUGAAAAACAAAUAUUUUCAACAUGUAUAAAGUUUUAGUAUGCUGUGGAGAUAUAAAUAUUUUAUGAUAAAUUUAGUUCUUUGUUCAAUGAAAUGAUUAUAUGUUUAACGAGUGUUGGAAAAUCAUAAAAGCAUUAACAUUUACAAUUGCUUGUGAAAUAAUUUAGGUGAAAGGUCAUGGAUGCAGUGAUCUGCUUUGAAAGCGAUGUUAUUAAAAUAAUUGGAGAAAGUUGAGUGAAAGGUUGAACAAGAGUCAUACAAAAUUUAGAAGACCCAGGUUGAGACUUCCAUCAUAUUGACAAAUUAACCACUUUAGCUUAAAAUCAUAGCACGACUGUCUUGUCUCCAAGAGGUCAUCAAGACCUGGUCAAGGUUGCAGAAGUCGGGACACUAAGCAAACCUUAACCUAAACUCAACAAAUGUUAUUUGAUACAUGUCUCUCCAAUUAGACCAAGUCAAUUCUUUUUACCUUAUUAUCUGAUAAAUAUAUCGUCUGCAAUAAGAUCAAGCAUAAUUAUUCUUUUUAUUCUUAUCUGUAUUUAAUCAUGCUUAAAUUAAUGAUACAAAAAAGUGCUUUACCAAAAAAUUAAUUAUCAGCAAUUAUACUUUUGUAAUAUAUUUUAUUCAUGUAAAUAAAUAUGAUUAUAAGUAUUGA